UCAAGAUGGCGGCGGACUGAGGCUGCAGCUCCGCAGCUGAGCGCUGAGGGAUUUAAUCUAUCUUCACCGCAUCACUCACCAGGAAUGAGCGCUGUUCUCCCGGUGUUCUCCGGGCAACGCUGCGGCACCUCCGGCUAAAAUGCUGGCCCCUUCCUCCCGGAACAUCAGAACCUGCUGCUGCGGAGCUCGGCCCACCGGGCAGGGGCACUCGUCGCGGGAUCUUACGCCCGAGGCCGAGGCUCUGUUGACGGACUGAGCGGACAUGGAGGAGACUGGAGGAGGGUCGCUUUGCUUCGAUUUAAACGACGAGGCCGGGGGAGUGAGAGCGGGGCUCGGUGCUCUGACAGACCGCAGUAUCGCACUGCUAGCCGGUGUCAGUGGGGGUCAGGGAGCCGGGAAGGGCCAUUUUUAUGUGACCGGUAACGGAAGGAAUGUAAACACGGACGCGUUGGUACAUCCGCCCCCGGUACAGAGGGAGGUGAUGUUGGUUGAGAGGAGCCUAACAGACCGCCUGACCGACAGGUGUGUGGUGUCGGGGGAUGUCGGUGACCACCGCGACCUGAACGGAUUCACUGAGUCACUGUGUCAGGAGGAGCCGGCCAUGGUGGCCCUUGAGGAGGGAGGAGCAGCGGGCAGCCACGGCCUCGCAGGGGCCGCAGCCGCUUCCUUUCCGGCUGUGCUCGGGACUCGGGUUCCAGUGGAGACGGGUCCGCAGAUGCUGCAGCAAUCUGCGGGGGAGAUCACGGGGGAAAUCCCGGAUGUAACCGUGGAAGGAGGGGAGCCGAUGGGCGGUGGUGCGGUUACCGGGGGUGUGAGGACUUGUCUCCCCCUCGAGCGGCUGCCAAGCCCGGCGAAGCAGCAGGGGAAUUGCGCAUUGGACAUGUCCAACGGGGUAGAGGACAGUGAGGUCCCCGAGGUGGAAACCUCUUAUAACCCGACAGCAGUGGUUUCCAGACCCGCUGUGUGCGACGUGGACUGCGGGGAAGUGAAGUUAGCCAACGGUGGUUUACACAUCGUGAACAGCUCCAGAGCAACAUGUGACUCUUCAGACUCAGACAGCGACAUUCAUGUGGACCCGAGGGCAGGGCGAGAGAACUGCAACGGGGAAGAGGUCACUCAGUGCCCCGGGGAGGAUGCGCCUGCUUCCGCUGAGCCCCCUCCUACCCCCGAGCUCUCCCCCACCCCAGAUUCAAGUGCCAAACCCCCCUCACCCAGCCCUUCGUCCCCCAGUAAACCAAACGGUGACAGCCCGCUCUCAGAGCCCGAGUCCGAGGAGGACGAGGCGGGUUUCGGUGACCUGAGUUUACCCGUCAGGCCGCAGAACCUGAGGACUAACCCCGGCCUCCCGGUGUCCCUGAGCUGCGACGCCACCCCAUUGUCCCCGGGCGAGGAUGGGGGCUUUUAUUUUGGAGACGACGGGUACAUGGAGGAGUGUCGGGGCGCGUUGGAGGCGGCGGGUCGGAGACAGAGCGCUCCGGACAAACUCCCGGACCUGACCGACCACACGGACUGCUCGGACGGCAAACUGAUGCCGAAGAGGUUCGGCAUCGCUGACUUCUUCACCAGGAGCCUAUUUUCUAGGAGAUCCAAAGAGCCAAAGGCACCGACCCAUAAUGCAGCAGGAUGGCGACUGUUCGGCAAGACAGGAGCCAGAGGGGCGGAUCCAACUAAAGACCCAGCCUCCACAGUGUCCAAUCAGCAGUGUCCACAUGAGGAGGAAGAAGAGGAGGACGAGGAGGAAGAGGAGGAGGUGAAGGACUCAGAUGUAUCCCCGAGUCGGGAGCGCCCCCCAGCUGCAGGGAGGAGGAAGAACCUGGAGUUUGAGCCUCUCUCCACCACAGCUCUCAUCCUGGAGGAUCGACCAGCGAACCUUCCGGCCAAAUCUGAAGAGGAAACUCAGCGACACAAACUGGAAUAUGAGGAGAUGGUUUUAGGAGCCAAGAGGAGAGAGUUGAAAGAAGCGCAGAGGAAGAAGCGUCAGAUGAAGGAGAGACACCGGCAGGAGGACAGCAUCUCCAACGCCAUGGUCAUCUGGAACACUGAGAUCCUGCCUCACUGGGACACCAUGAAGGGGACGAGGCGGGUGAGGGACCUGUGGUGGCAGGGACUUCCUCCCAGCGUCAGAGGUCGAGUUUGGAGUCUCGCCAUCGGCAACGAGCUCAACAUCACGGCAGACCUCUACGAGAUCUUUCUGUCCAGAGCCAAAGAGAAGUGGAGGAGCUACAGUGAGACCAGCUCGGUGAACGACAACGAGAGCGAUGGAGGAGCGUCUCUGGCCGACAGAGAGUCCAGUCUGGACCUCAUCAAAUUGGACAUUUCCAGAACCUUCCCCUCUCUCUUCAUCUUCCAGAAGGGCGGUCCGUACCACGACCUCCUCCACAGUGUUCUCGGAGCUUACACCUGUUACAGGCCCGACAUCGGCUACGUUCAGGGGAUGUCGUUCAUCGCUGCUGUUCUGAUCCUCAACCUGGAGGAGGCCGAGGCCUUCAUCACCUUCGCCAACCUGCUCAAUAAACCCUGUCAGAUGGCGUUCUUCAGGGUCGACCACGAGCUGAUGUUGAAGUACUUUGCAGCCUUUGAGGUUUUCUUUGAGGAGAAUCUUCCUCGUCUCUUCAGCCACUUCCAGUUGAACAGCCUGACCCCUGACCUCUAUCUCAUCGACUGGAUCUUCACGCUGUACAGUAAGUCCCUCCCCCUGGACGUGGCGUGUCGAGUGUGGGACGUCUUCUGUCGGGACGGGGAGGAGAGCCUGUUUCGGACGGGGCUGGGUAUCCUGCGUCUGUUCGAGGAAGUCCUGCUGCAGAUGGACUUCAUCCACAUCGCUCAGUUCCUCACGCGCCUGCCAGACGACCUGCAGUCGCACACGCUCUUCGUGGCCAUGGCCAACACGCACAUGGUCAGCAGGAACCGCCGCUGGGCUCAGGUGUUUUCUGCUUUGACGAAGGACGGAAUCAAAGAGUCGGAUAAAAACACCAGCCCGGCGUUGAGAAGUUAACUGCUGCUGCCGAGCGCUGCUGUGGAGGAGGAUGGAGCUGGCGUCAGGCGGCCGGGGACUUCACAGGUGACAGUGAGCUCGUCCUGUCGGCACUAACCCGAACACCUGAGGCUGGGUGGCUUCAAGCUAAACUCUUCACUCCCACCCUCCAAGCAAACACGAGGCUGAGGUCAGAGGAACCGUCAGCUUGAGCGUCCAGGUCGGUGCAGGACGAACGCCCCCCCUCCCUCCCCCCCGGGAGUCUGUGCCGGGACCAGAACCUCCACAGCCACUGUCAGUAUUUCACGUAGAGAUUUAGUUUUGAUGAAGCAGCAGCGUCAUGUUUCACCAGCGUAUCAGACUUUCAGCCGCUGGCCGGGUGCAAACACUUGAUCCUGGCCUUUGAUUGGUUUGUGGUGAUCCUGUCUCUCCCCCGUGUCGGGACGUCAACGCCACUAAGAGCGAGUAUUUCUCCGUGUGUAAUUCUCAGCCUCCAGCUCUAAUGUUUCGGUGCUAAUCAAUUUCUGAAGGCUUCGACUCGUCUGUGGUUUAAUAAUUAACUUUGGUCUUCGUGUUUUUGUUUUUUUUUAUCUCGUGCUGUUGUUUCUUUUGCUGCUUUUUCAGCUCGAACCAGACGAUUGAUAAGACUCCGACUUUAAACUGUAACCUUUAAACUUAAGAUCUGUUGACAAAUAGAAAAUAACAUGAUAAGAAUCUUAAAGACAUUUUGUACAAUGUAGAUUUUCCAAAUCAUAAGCGAAGAAUGAGUUGAAUCAUUGAUCCUGAUUGAGUAAAAAACUAAAUAAUAACAUUCUGUUUUUACAGGACACUAAUUAUUCAACUGGACUCAACAAUUAUUUCCUCUUUUUAUUAAAUCAUCUUAAAAUUUCUCCUGAAUCUAAAAAGCUCCGAUGAUGCCUUUAAUAUUUUUUUUUAAGUUAAAAACUGGUGGAACAACUUUGAAUGUAGGACGGCGCAGUUUACAAUUAGCGUUCAAUUAAGAUUUUCUGCCAGAACACUUUAUACCUGCAGCACCGACACAUCAUCGUGAAAGUUCAUCAUGUGACUCAUCAGCUCAUUGUCCAGCAAACAAUCCAAAGCUCAUCGAUGUUCCGCAUUUUAGCUUGAGAACGAUAAAUCGAUUGUUAAAAUAGUUUAAUUUGUUGUUCGCGUCGUAUGGACACACAAGGUUAACGUUAAAACCGUUUUUACUCAAAUAAUAAGCACGGCAACAACGAUCAAUGCUAGAAGCUAAGCAAUUUAUCCAAAUCUUUAUCUUUCACACAGGACGCCCCCUGCAGGCCCGUCUGUUUUUAACACUCCUCGGAUUUAAACACUAUUAAAUAUAAACCUCAGCACCAGUUCAUCCCUAACUCUACACAGACACACACACACACAGACACACACACACACACACACACACACACACACACACACACAUACACAUACACACCUACCUCUGUAAAUGUCACCUAACAUCAGAGGAUGAAGGAAGAUGUGCUUCGUUCUUAAUAACAACAUUUUCUUCCUUUUCUUUUUCUGACUUGCUUAUGAUCAUAACGACCAGAUUCUUCCUAAAUUUCAAAACGUCAAACCAGAAGGAAGAACAGAAACACACACUGACAUCUUAAAGAUUAUAACAUGUGACACUGCUGUCAAGUAAAUUCAUCUUUUGAUAUUUCAGCAACAAAAUCUUUUUCCCUCCGACCUCUCCCUUGCCUUGUUUUCUGCUCUUACACCAAAUCACUCCACCAAUAAGACUCAGCUAUUGUUAUUGUACAUCAGCCAAUAAGAAGCCAGGGCUUGACACUGAAACCAUGACAGCGUGGUUCAUGGACGUCACAUGAUCUCUGACAUCACACUAACUCUCAGCAGCGCACGCUUAUUUUUUCAAAAGUGGUAACGAAGCACUUUACAAUAAAAAGACUGGAGAUGAAGUUUGAAUAUGAAUCAAAAGUAAUAGUUUCCACUUCGAGUCCGUGACAGAUCGUCGGAGAAAGAUAGAAAAACUUUCUGAUUCUCUUCAUCGAAACGAUGGUCGUGAUGUUUCAGGUGCAACGUUCCUCUGCUCACCAACACUCCUCCGUCAACACUCAGACUGACGCCUGAUGUUUUACAGCUCAGAUACUUCUUCUGUUUGAGAAAUCAUUCCUCCUUCAUUCAUGUCAGAGUCAUUUAGCACAAAUCCAAUCUAAACCGGUUUGUCUGGAUGUUUGUCGACAGGUAGAUUCAUUAAAAAAUCCACUCAACUGUUUAAAGGACUCUGUCACAUUCCACAUGAAAUGCCGUCAUUCACAGAAAACAACAGAUUAAAGGUUCUGGAUAAUAAUUUGUAUAUAUUUAAUUGAUAUGCAAUAUAAAUACACACAGACGGAGAUGAUCCUCGCUCAUUCUCACAUGACGGGGAAACAUCCGCUGUCGUCGUUGAGGUUUAAAACAACGUGAAUCUCAAAACCCGGACGUGUUGAAGGUAAAAGACGCUGAUCAUUUUUUUGUGUUUGUGCUCAAACUCAUUUGGAAAAUACAAUAUGUGCAAUAUGGUUUAGAUUGACAUGAAUAAUCCCAAAGCCUGAGCAGCGUUCGCUUCACUCCAGAUUAUCGAUGAAACACUCAAAGAGCUGCAGAGCGAAGACGCCUUUAAUAAUGUGAGAUUAUUUUUUUCCUCCCACAUGUUCCAAACAUUCAUUUUAUUUAAGUUUUAUCAUUUGUGUUUUAUACUUCCAUGUAAAUUCAUUUAGCUUUGUUCCGUUUAAGUGUGCUAUUGUUUUCUUGUUAAGUUCAAUGUACAUUUUUAUUCGCAAUGCCUUACAGGUGAUGUAAAUAAACUGUAAAAAUGUUCUUUCUUUUCAUAUAAUGGCCACUAGUUAAAUGUGUAAAUAAAUAUCUUAGCAAACGGAA